CAGCGCGCAGGCCGCCACCGCCGCCACCCAAGACGAUGCCGACAUGGCGACGGCAAGCGUCCGCGAUAUGCCUUCUGUGCACCUCGGACGAACUGGGCAACAAAUACUUAAGGAACAGGGGACACAAGAAAUGAAAACACAAGCAAAGGACAAAGAGCAAAUACAAGAUUCAGAAGUUAAGACUAAGAAUGAAAAUGAAACAACCGACGCCAAAAAGAAGAAAGGAGAAGAAGUCGAAACAGAAAAGAAGAAAGAAACGGAUGAACACGAAGCUAAGAAAGAGAAUGAAAAACAGGAGCCUAAAGUCAAGAAAAAGAAGGAAGAGGGAGAGGCAGACGCUAAGGAAAAGGAAGAAGCUGAGGCAAAGAAGAAGAAAGAGAAGGAGGAAGCCGAGGUUAAGAAAAAGAAGGAUGAGGAAGAGGCUAAGAAGAAGGAAAAGGCCGAAGCUGAAGCCAAGAAAAAGAAAGAAAAAGAGGAGGCUGAGGCAAAGAAAAAGAAGGAAGAGGAAGAGGCAGAGGCUAAAAAGAAGAAGGAAAUGGAAGAAGCUGAGGCAAAAAAGAAGAAGAAGGAACAGGAGGAUGCCGAAACAAAGAAAAAGGAGGAAGAGGCAGAAGCUAAGAGGAAAGAAAUGGCCGAAGCUGAGACAAAGAAAAAGAGGGAAAAAGACGAGGCUGAAGUAAAGAAAAAGAAGGAUCAGGAAGACGCAGAGGCUAGGAAGAAGGAAAUGGAAGAAGCUGAGGCAAAGAAAAAAAAAGAAAAAGAGAAGGCUGAGGCAAAGAAAAAGGAAGAAGAAGAGGCAAGCGCUGAGAGGAAGAAGGCUCAAAAAGAAGCUGAGGCAAAGAAGAAGAAAGAAAUGGAGGAGGCUGAGGCGAAGAAAAAGAAGGAAGAGACAGAAGCUAAGGAGAUGGAAAAUGCGGAAGCUGAGGCAAAGAUAAAGCAAGAAAAAGAAGAGGCGGAGGCAAAGAAAAAUAAGGAAGAGGAAGAGGCAGAGGCUAAGAAAAAGAAGGAAAAGGAAGAAGGUGACGCAAAGAAGAAGAAGAAAGAAAAGGAGGAAGCUGAAGCAAAGAAAAUGAAGGAAGAGGCAGAGGCUAAGAAGAAGGAAAAGGCGACAGCUGAGGCAAAGAAAAAGCAAGAAAAAGAGGAGGAGGAGGAAAAGAAAAAGAAGGAAGAGGAAGAGGCAGAGGCUAAGAAAAAGAAGGAAAAGGAAGAAGCUGAUGCAAAGAAGAUGAACGAAAAGGAGGAAGCUGAGGCAAAGAAAAAGAAGGAAGAGGCUAAGAAAAAGAAGGAAAAGGAAGAAGCUGACGCAAAGAAGAAGAAAGAAAAGGAGGAAGCUGAAACAAAAAAAAUGAAGGAAGAGGAAGAGGCAGAGGCUAAGAAGAAGGAAAAGGCAGCAGCUGAGGCAAAGAAAAAGCAAGAAAAAGAGGAGGAGGCAAAGAAAAAGAAGGAAGAGGAAGAGGCAGAGGCUAAGAAAAAGAAGGAAAAGGAAGAAGCUGAGGCAAAGAAGAAGAAAGAGAAGGAGGAAGCCGAGGCAAAGAAAAAGAAGGAAGGGGAAGAGGCAGAGGCUAAGAAAAAGAAAGAACAGCAAGAAGCUGAGGCAAAGAAGAAGAAAGAGAAGGAGGAAACUGAGGCAAAGAAAAAGAAGGAAGAGGAAGAGGCUAAGAAGAAGGAAAAAGAAGAAGCUGAGGGAAAAAAGAAGAAAGAAAAGGAAGAAGCAGAGGCAAAGAAAAAGGAGGAAGAGGCAGAGGCUAAGAAGAAGAAAAAAGCCGAAGCUGAAGCAAAGAAAAAGACGGAAGAGGUAGAUGCAGAGGCUAAGAAGAAUGAAAAGGAAAUGUUGGAUGCAGACUCUAAACGGAAAGAGAAGGAACAAGAAGAAGAGGAAGACGCCGGAAAGACGAAGAGCGUGAGGCGGCAGGGGAGGGACGCCGACUCGAAGGUGACAGACCAGAAGGAGGCGAUGCGCGGGCAGCUGGAGGCGCGGCGCCGCAGCCGCCAGGGCAGCCGCCAGGGCAGCCGCCAGGGCAGCCGGGACGAGAGCGACGCCGCGCCACCCGUCUGGAGCGCCAGCGCCAGCGCCGUCGCCGUCGCCGUCGCCGUGCAGCGCUCGCGCAGCUUCGACGUGCGGCCCGGGGACGAGGGCGUGGCCCUGGCGGCCGACCUCUCCUUCUCCGCCUCCGCCUCCGACACCAGCAGCACGCUCACGCCCCGGCGCGCGCUCGACGACGCCAGCCUCGCCGACACGCCCGACUUGCCACACGACGCCGCGCGACGACCGCCCGUCCACGUGCAG